AUGGCGAAACUCAAGGCACAUGAAGAACUCUCCACUAAUGCGAAUACUAUCAAAGCUCGCAACUGCGUCUCCAACCUUACUGAAGAUGAGAAGGCUGUUCACUUAGCACUCAAGGCUGACCAUGCUGAUCUGAGCUACUACUUAAAGAAGUUAUAUAAGUCUGCAAAGUGUAAGGAUGCCUCCUUACCUAGAUACUCGAAGAACCCGCCUCAGAGCUGUUACGGUCACCACAAGCAUGAAAUCCGACUUGGUGUGAAUGAAUUGAAGGUUGAGCGUAUUUGUGUUCGGACUGAGAAGGGUACCCAUGCAUCUUGCAUUGCGAAUCAGAAAGUCAAGAAUAUUAGCGCCUCUUCUUCUCCACAAGCCCCACCAUCUACUCCGCCCAAACAACUUCUGUCUGAGCUUGCUGCAUUUGAGGCGCGAGAUAUUUUAAAUGACGAGGCUGUUCUACCAGAUGAGCUUUCCGAUGAAGAGAUCACUAGCACCCAGGCUCUCUUAACUCAAGCGCACAUUGAUGCCCAUGAAGAGUCCAAUUUCCGCAAGUGGCAACAUUUCUGGGAUAGCUGUAUCCACUCAUAUACGAGAAAGGCUGGAAAGCUGAGAAAGAAGCCUGAGCGUCUCUUUGAGUAUAUGCCGUGGAUUGAUGUAGAGGAAGGCUUCAAAGAGGCGUUCUUACUUGUCUACUCUAAGAAGUUUGAUAAGGAAAAGUGGGCUAAGGUAUCAGCUGCACAGGAUAUGUUGUUCCUGGAGCUAGAGCAGAGGAGAACUUGA